GCUAGACACAAGUUUCUGUAACUUCCACGUGACCAUAGAUAAAUGCUUUCAUUUAUCUAUGCACGUGACUUCUGUGUUUCUAUUUGUAUCAAUCGUAUCAAUUUGUUUAUCAGUUCUAAUUUAUUAUUAUUUUAUAGUUUGGUCAGUUUGGUGUGACUGUGAGUUAUGUCUUUUUAUUUAAGACCACCAAAAGGAAUUACUAACAUAAUCAAUUUGGAAACUACUGUACGCCAAAGAUUUUUAUGUUACCAGAAUAUUAUAAAUGAAGAUAUCACGAAUACCAUCGUUGAUCUUGAAUGUUUGGUGGAAGAUAGUGUCCUAGAUCGAUUAGGACACCACCUAUUUAGGUUACUAGCUUUAAAAAGCAGACACUUUUACACAGUUUUCAUAGAACAUGAAGUUCAACUAUUAGGACUUCGAUUAGCUUCUUACAAUCCAGAAGACGCUAAAAAUUUUGUUAAAUCACUAAAAAGUCAAUGUGCAACGUGUUUAGAGGCAAUUAAAGUUGACGGAAAAGUGAAAAACUACUUUAUUGAACUUAGUUCCGUGUGUUUAAAACUAUUGUCCUAUUUUCGAACACCUGACAAUGUUUCAAAAGCACAAAUUCAACUUCACUUUUCCUAUUGUUUUGAUCUUCUUGCAAAAAGACAGUACGACAUAGCUAAUGGAAUGUUGUUGAUAAAUUGCACAGAAUGGAAAGCAUUAUUACUGUCUUUGUAUAAAAGUUAUCUACAUCUGGCUUUGUUUGAUAUGAAGUUCAUACCUCAAGUGAAUGAUGCUCUUCAAGAUGAAAGAAUUAAGAGUGUUUUAAUCUUGGCUCGAGAUCUGUUCUGUAAAAAUAAUUCACUUAGAAAAUUUGGUAGUUUAGACAUGACACGUUUUGAAGAAGAAACUGGAAACUUCCCAUUGUGCAUGAAGACCUUAUAUAAUAAUUUAUCAAAAAAUAACAGAUUAGGUCAUAAUGCGAGAUUUGAUUUUAGUUUGUAUCUGAAAGACAUCGGGGUCGAAAUAACCGAUGCCUUUGAGUUUUGGAGGAAAUUUUAUUCCAAACAACACUCAAGUUGCUCAAGUUGUACUCACAGUUGGGAACAAAACGAGAAAAGAUAUAUUUAUGGUAUUAGACAUCUAUAUGGAUUAGAAGGGUCUAGAAAGUCUUAUAAUGUAAAGGAUUGUUCUCAAAUACAGAAUACAAUUCUUGGUGCAAAUGAAGAAGGUGGCUGCCCUUUCCAACAUUUUGAUGACAAUAAUUUGAGGUCGCUUUUGAAAAACUCUCUACCUGUGAAUAGGAGUGAAAAAAUUGAAACAAUAAUUAAUGAAAGAAGAGGAAAUCCAAAAAAAGGCUGUGAAAAAUUUUUAGAUUUUUUGGUAGAAAAAGAUGCGGUUAAUGAUGAACUACAUUUUAAAAAUCCAGCGGAAUAUUAUUUCUUAUUAAAAUCAAUUAACUCUGAGGUGUAAUCCGUACUGAUUUUUUACCACUGAAAUGUAAUAUUAAGAUGUAUACAGGUCAACAAAAAAAUAGUGUAUCUAACUUUGAUGGGUGAUUCUACAGAAAAAAAUAAAACAAAACUUUCCUAUAAACAUAUGCCUUAAAAUGCUUCCCGAAAAAUUA